AUGGCAACAGAAUAUGAUCCUCCUCCAAGUUCAAAGAUCCACAGCAUCACCUCCUUGAGCGAAAGUCCCUCGAAGAUGAGAGUGCAGGUCAAGAGUCGCAACACCAUCACGAAGGCCGAGUUCGUCUUGUUCAAGGACAACGUCGCCACGAGCAGCCUGGAGGUCGAGGUGGACCUUGCGGACUCGGGCUACGUUGCGGACGUCCCCGCGUGCGAAGGGAGGUGCGAGUUCGUCCUCUUGGGAGGAGAGGCGGUAAUUCCUCGGUCAAUUCUUCGCAGAUCUGGACAAGGACGUUGUCGAGGUGGGCAGGGAAACCGCGCUGAACAGUUCCUCCCUUCGCGUGGAAGCCACCUGGGGCAACGAUGUCACAGUCGAAGGUGUGGGGAAAUGCAACGGGUACAGAAGCCCUUGCUACUUCUUCGGAGUUGCAAGGAGACGGUGGAGUCUGCAACGUACUGCAUCAAUAUCACCUCUUUGCCCAUUUAUGGCUUGAACAGAACGUGGCUCUUUCACUGCAGCGACGAGGUCAUACCUUACAGUGAACUCCGUGGCGACUUCUCCCUCACCCUAACGAGUUUCUCCGAGAUGGUGGUGAGUGGCAGCUUCCCGACCAACCUCACAGAGAUCGUGGUGUUCGACCCGGUUUUCCACAAGGAACUCUCCAUAGGAAGCACCAAAUGCUCUGGAACAAGUGGGACGACACAAGAAUGCAAGCGUUUUAUCAGCGGCCAGAAUGGGUGGAGUCCCCUGGGGGUGUUGGUGACCGCGCUAGAGAGCAAUGGGACUGUCCUGAGUUCAGUGGUGAUGACUUAUACGUACCCCGAGGAAUCCACACCAACCUGGGUCAUCGUGGUCUCGAUCUUUGGGUCCCUGGCACUCGUGGCACUGGUCGUCGCCUUCGUCCGUAGCAAGAAGAAAAAUUUACCGUCUCCUCUUCUGAAAAAUAAACUUGUAAGUCAACGAGAAAAAUAACUAUAGUUUAUUUCAUUAGAUUUUUUGUUUGUAUUUCAAUCUUUAAAUAUUUAUU